AUGCUCUCACCGUACUACAGCCCCCACAUUACUCCCAAAUACUCUCACCGUACUACAGCCCCCUCAGCUCUCACCGUACUACAGCCCCCUCAGCUCUCACCCCCCCACAUUACUCCCAAAUACUCUCACCGUACUACAGCCCCCUCAGCUCUCACCCCCCCUCAGCUCUCACCGUACUACAGCCCCCACAUUACUCCCCAAUACUCUCACCGUACUACAGCCCCCUCAGCUCUCACUGUACUACAGCCCCCUCAGCUCUCACUGUACUACAGCCCCCUCAGCUCUCACCCCCCCACACUACUCCCCAAUGCUCUCACCGUACUACAGCCCCCUCAGCUCUCACCGUACUACAGCCCCCUCAGCUCUCACAGUCCUACAGCCCCCACAUUACUCCCCAAUGCUCUCACUGUACUACAGCCCCCUCAGCUCUCACCGUACUACAGCCCCCUCAGCUCUCACCAUACUACAGCCCCCUCAGCUCUCACCGUCCAACAGCCCCCACAUUACUCCCAAAUGCUCUCACUGUACUACAGCCCCAACAUUACUCCCAAAUGCUCUCACUGUACUACAGCCCCCACAUUACUUCCCAAUGCUCUCACUGUACUACAGCCCCCUCAGCUCUCACCGUACUACAGCCUCCUCAACUCUCACUGUACUACAGCCCCCACAUUACUUCCCAAUGCUCUCACUGUACUACAGCCCCCACAUUACUCCCAAAUGCUCUCACUGUACUACAGCCCCCACAUUACUUCCCAAUGCUCUCACUGUACUACAGCCCCCUCAGCUCUCACCAUACUACAGCCCCCUCAGCUCUCACCGUACUACAGCCCCCUCAGCUCUCACCAUACUACAGCCCCCUCAGCUCUCACCAUACUACAGCCCCCUCAGCUCUCACCGUACUACAGCCCCCUCAGCUCUCACCGUCCUACAGCCCCCACAUUACUCCCAAAUGCUCUCACUGUACUACAGCCCCCACAUUACUUCCCAAUGCUCUCACUGUACUACAGCCCCCUCAGCUCUCACCGUACUACAGCCCCCUCAGCUCUCACCGUCCUACAGCCCCCACAUUACUCCCAAAUGCUCUCACUGUACUACAGCCCCAACAUUACUCCCAAAUGCUCUCACUGUACUACAGCCCCCACAUUACUUCCCAAUGCUCUCACUGUACUACAGCCCCCACAUUACUCCCCAAUGCUCUCACCGUGCUACAGCCCCCACAUUACUCCCAAAUACUCUCACCGUACUACAGCCCCCUCAGCUCUCACCGUACUACAGCCCCCACAUUACUCCCCAAUACUCUCACCGUACUACAGCCCCCACAUUACUUCCCAAUGCUCUCACUGUACUACAGCCCCAACAUUACUCCCAAAUGCUCUCACUGUACUACAGCCCCCACACUACUCCCCAAUGCUCUCACCGUACUACAGCCCCCUCAGCUCUCACCGUACUACAGCCCCCUCAGCUCUCACAGUCCUACAGCCCCCACAUUACUCCCCAAUGCUCUCACUGUACUACAGCCCCCUCAGCUCUCACCGUACUACAGCCCCCUCAGCUCUCACCGUACUACAGCCCCCUCAGCUCUCACCAUACUACAGCCCCCUCAGCUCUCACCGUACUACAGCCCCCUCAGCUCUCACCAUACUACAGCCCCCUCAGCUCUCACCGUCCAACAGCCCCCACAUUACUCCCAAAUGCUCUCACUGUACUACAGCCCCAACAUUACUCCCAAAUGCUCUCACUGUACUACAGCCCCCACAUUACUUCCCAAUGCUCUCACUGUACUACAGCCCCCUCAGCUCUCACCGUACUCAAGCCUCCUCAGCUCUCACUGUACUACAGCCCCCACAUUACUUCCCAAUGCUCUCACUGUACUACAGCCCCCUCAGCUCUCACCGUACUACAGCCCCCUCAGCUCUCACCGUCCUACAGCCCCCACAUUACUCCCAAAUGCUCUCACUGUACUACAGCCCCCACAUUACUUCCCAAUGCUCUCACUGUACUACAGCCCCCUCAGCUCUCACCGUCCUACAGCCCCCACAUUACUCCCAAAUGCUCUCACUGUACUACAGCCCCAACAUUACUCCCAAAUGCUCUCACUGUACUACAGCCCCCACAUUACUUCCCAAUGCUCUCACUGUACUACAGCCCCCACAUUACUCCCCAAUGCUCUCACCGUGCUACAGCCCCCACAUUACUCCCAAAUACUCUCACCGUACUACAGCCCCCUCAGCUCUCACCGUACUACAGCCCCCACAUUACUCCCCAAUGCUCUCACUGUACUACAGCCCCCACAUUACUCCCCAAUGCUCUCACCGUGCUACAGCCCCCACAUUACUCCCAAAUACUCUCACCGUACUACAGCCCCCUCAGCUCUCACCGUACUACAGCCCCCACAUUACUCCCCAAUGCUCUCACUGUACUACAGCCCCCUCAGCUCUCACCGUCCUACAGCCCCCACAUUACUUCCCAAUGCUCUCACUGUACUACAGCCCCCACAUUACUCCCCAAUGCUCUCACCGUGCUACAGCCCCCACAUUACUCCCAAAUACUCUCACCGUACUACAGCCCCCUCAGCUCUCACCGUACUACAGCCCCCACAUUACUCCCCAAUGCUCUCACUGUACUACAGCCCCCUCAGCUCUCACCGUCCUACAGCCCCCACAUUACUUCCCAAUGCUCUCACUGUACUACAGCCCCAACAUUACUCCCAAAUGCUCUCACUGUACUACAGCCCCAACAUUACUCCCAAAUACUCUCACCGUACUAUAG